AUGAAGAUAUGCCUACGCUAUCUCGGUGACCUUAGAUAUCAACAAGGUAUUGAUCAGGAACUUGGUGUUAGUCAAGCAACGGUAUCUCGGACUAUGAAUAGAUUUGUGAACAGCAUAGUUGCACAGUCGAACGGAUGGAUCAAGUUUCCAACUACCAACGAUGAACUGAUGGAGGCCAACCGGAUAUGGCAGAGCAUGUAUAAAUUUCCAACAGCAAUUGGUGUAAUUGAUUGUACAGAUAUACAUAUAGGAAUCCUGAAACCAAAUGACCAUGGAGAUGAGUAUAUCAACCGAAAAGGGAAACCUACUUUAAAUUUGCAUGCCACUUGUGAUGCCAGAGAGAUAUUCACAAGUAUUGAUGUCAGUUGGCCUGGAUCAGUGCAUGGUUCUAGAAUGUGGAGAAUUCACAGACUAGAUCACAACUAA